AUGCCCAAACUGCCGACCAUCUUUGGCACCGUGGCGUCGGACCUCAACCCCAAGGACGGCAACAGUCGGAGGAGUCUACCGCAAACUCCAGCAGGAGGUGUUGGUGUCAAGGGACUAGGAGCAGGAACCGGAGGUCCUGCCCAGGGUCUUGGAAUGGUCAACGGGGCCGCCGCCGAUCACCAUGAUUUAAGGGACGGCGCCGGCAUAAGCACCGAGCACGCGUUGGUCUACCGUGACGGUAAUCUGGUGUCCGGGUCCCUGGAGGCUCUGGUGCAGCACAUGGUUCCGACCGAGGAGUAUUAUCCGGAUCGUGCUUACCUCUUCGCCUUUCUGCUGAGUGCUCGGCUCUUCAUCAAGCCACACGAACUGCUGGGCGAAGUCUGCGCCCUUUGCGAGCAUCAGCAGAACCUCAAUGGCGAGGGCGGCAAGGAACGACUUCACCGAUUCGUGCCGAGACUGGUGCAGCUCCUGGCCGAGUGGACCGAGACCUUCCCCUACGACUUCAGGGAUGAACGAGUAAUGGGCCAUGUCAGGUCGAUCACGCAAAAGGUCGCCGCAGUGGAUGCAGCUGCCCGGCAGGAGGUCUCCGCGCUUCUCCAAAACCUUCUUCUGAGGUUGACGGCCCUUGAAAGGUACGAGGAGGGACUCGCCCGGCUUGCCACCGAAGCCGCCACCGAACAACUCACGCAGGUGGACGUGACGGAAUUGUGUCCCUCGGCCACGGUGCUGGCUCAGCAGUUGACCCACGUCGAGCUCGAGAGGCUCUCCUACAUCGGCCCCGAAGAGUUUGUCCAGGCCUUCGCCAAGGAGUCGCCGCACCUGGAGACCUCCUUCAAGGACAUGAAGAAGACCAGGAACCUCGAGUCUUAUGUCCAGUGGUUCAACCGCCUGAGCUACUUCGUCGCCACCGAGGUCUGCAAGCACGCGAAGAAGAAGCAAAGGGUUCGCGUGGUGGAGUACUGGAUAGAGACGGCCAGGGAGUGCUUCAACAUCGGGAACUUUAAUUCCCUCAUGGCCAUCAUAGCUGGUCUGAACAUGUCGCCGAUAUCCCGGCUGAAGAAGACGUGGUCGAAGGUCCAGUCGGCCAAGUUCUCCAUUCUGGAGCACCAGAUGGACCCCAGCAGCAACUUUAGCAGCUACAGAAGUACCUUGAAGGCUGCUAUGUGGCGUAGCGCUGGCGCUACGGACGAGAGACAGCGAAUUGUCGUGCCCUUCUUCAGCCUCCUCGUCAAGGACCUCUACUUCCUCAACGAGGGCUGCAGCAACAAACUGCCUAAUGGACACAUUAACUUCGAGAAGUUCUGGCAGCUUGCUAAACAGGUGACGGAGUUCAUAGCUUGGAAACAGGUGGCUUGUCCUUUCGAGAAGAACCCGCGGGUCAUCGCUUUCCUGCAGGCUAGUCCAGUCCUUACAGAAAAUGCUCUUGCCCUCGCCUCCUUCGAGUGUGAGCCACCGGAUAACAAUCCCGAGAAGGAGCGUUAUAAGGCCUUAAAAUCCGAGUUGAACGCCCAGUGAAAAGAAGCCUCGACGCGGAACUAUGACGAGUGGGAAAGGUACUGAUAUACAUAUAUAGAUAGGUAUAUAGUCACGGAAGGAAAACACGUACGUAUUAUUAAAAAGGAUUAGCCGUAAUUUCUAAUCUAAAUCGGCGCCGUCGGGACGAAACGAGUAUCCGAUACGACGCCACUCGCUGCGAGAAAGAUACAAAACGCGCGAACAAAGUAUUACGAGGUAUUACGUAGUGAUUUGCUUCGCGAUUACUCGCGAUGGGGAUGUCAUCGAGCCCGGGACACGUGUAAAAGAAAUCCCAUAGCUGUCCAUCAGUUUUCUCUCGAAUUGCAGGCUCCAUUUAACGUUAAAAAAUACUAAAACUUCCCUUCACACGACCGAAUCGCACAUCGGCAUUCGUGAGAUUCUCUCUCGAGUAUCGCGCAGCAUUAAGGGGAUGUGAAAGUGGCAUCCGAGAUGUCGAUCCUUCGUUAAACUUCUCUCAGAAGUGUACAUACCGAAUAAUUUCAAACAUUACAACGUGAAUAUGGAAGCUAUAAGGAAGGUCUCUACACCCGUGAAAUUUAAUUUUGCAUUAAAAAAAAAAUUUUAAAUGUGAACAGAUUUUUUGAAAAUUGAAAUUUCAUGGACGUAGAGACUUUUGCUGUAGGCUUAAUAUUUACGUUGUAAGUUUUGAAACGAUUCGGUACGCCCUGUUUGGAGAAAAGUUUCGUGAAGGGGACCUCUUUGACGCCACUUUCGUGUCACCUUAAGAAUAGUUCCUAAGCCUUACGUUUCCGCGUGUAGAAACGCUCCGGGUAAAUUUUUUCCAGGCACAGCUCCUAAGUCGCGGCAAUUCUUCGGCAAAUAUAUCCUCGAAUCGAGUCGCCCUGAGCAUUUCCUCACGUAUUCCACCUGUAAAUAGCCCUUUUGAUAUACGCUAACGACCUAGGUGUGAGUAGGCUCGUUCCUGUAGAUCUAAGUUCGACCUAAGAGAUUAAGUUAACCAGACCGAAGGUACUUAAACGGCGUCUUUUUGAGUUCCCCUUCAAUUCCGCGUCACGUUCACUAGAGGCGACUGCCUAGAUUUCAUCGAAGACCGAGACCUCGGGUCCAGAUUCCGCAUCAAGGGAUGCUGAAGAGUCCUCCGAGGCGCGGCUGAGCUUUUCAUUACUCGAUCAAUUCUGAAAGUAUAGGGACCAAGGGUUCGUUUCUCCUGGAUUAAUGGUAGACGCCAAAGGUGGCCGAGGCGCUCUUCAGGGUCGUUACAGCAUUAAAAAUGGAUUCUAUGCAAUGCCGAAGUCGCCCUGGCAAAUAGGGACGAGCAAAAUUGGUCCUGAUCCUAUGUGGUCCAAUUUUGGUCCUUUUGCAGGGCCAAGACCAAGACCGCAAGAUCGACACCUGCGUUGCUCGCCGGAAAAUCCCCUCGUCGGGCAGUUAUUCGGAAUUUUCCGGGAAUUCGGAGCAUUUUCCUUUCGAGUGCAUCGAUAAUUCCCCGAUUCCAAAUUUCUGGAAAAACGAACGUCACGAGGCUCACAUCGGAAAGGUCCCUCGCGCGGGUCAGGGCGCGAAAGAAAGUAAUCAAUCGUCUCGUCGAAAGUGUCGAUACGAGACGUAGGUAUUUCCCGUGAGAUAUGUCGAAGCUUAUUCGAUCUCUCGAUAGCGUGAUUAAUUGCUCGCUUCGCGUAUAUUUACUCGAUAUGAAAGCACAGUUUGACUGGCACGUCGCCCGGGAUAUUCUCAUGUAGACCGUAAAGAAGUCGCACCCACCAACGAAGGUCGCGUUGAUAGAAAGAAAAAUUCGUACUAUUAGGAUAUAUCGUAUCGCAUCGCACCGUCAAUAUUCACCGACGUAUAUUAAUCGCGAGUCCUUAUCCUCCCUUGAUUUCCGACGACGACCCCUCGAGAUGCGUCCUCAGGGGUAACUCGUCCUUAGCGUUUCUUUCGGAAUCGUUUCGAGCAGCGUUUCGACUUUGCAGUCCGAGAAAGACACAUAUACACCGGAAUAAGAAAUUCGUUCAACUCUUCAGGAUCCUUAUAUCACGUCGUGGAUUAAUCAUUGUCUAAACCUCCGGCAUCUAGUCUAACGAAGAGGAUAAUUGCCUCUCGAAAUGUAACACUCGCGGGAGUUGGUCCUCGCGUUCUCGAUUUUCUAACCACUUUUUAUAUAGUCUUCCUGUUUGUAGAGGUAUACGUGCUUUUCCGAGGAUCUUGCAGAUUCGUACCCGGAGUUUAUAUACAUAGUUAUAUAACAAUUAACGGGUCGAGGAGUUGAGCGUAAUUUCCCAGGCGUUCGCUGCGAGGCCGUCCGAAUUUUCGUUUCGCAAAUCCUGCCUAGACCGAGUGCAGUCCCGCGGAUUAUCAUCAACUGUACAUACGAAAGUCGUGUAUAUAAUAAUAUAUACCUUGUACGUUCUACCAUGUAAGCGUAGAUGUAAACUGUAAUCGAAUUUAGACCUCGGCGCUCGUUAAGCGAACCACUUUGGCGAGUCGCUGAGAUCGACCUGGGAUCCGGCGCAGCCUAAUUCGGCGAUGAAAGUUAGCCUAAACUUGAGGUUCGGAGACUUCGCGAAAGCGAGAACGAUCGACUCGAUUCUUGCUGGUUUUCUAGUCACUAGCGGUUAGUUUCCGGAUUUAUUACGAGUUUCGUUCCCUCUCGAAGAGAGUCGAGCACCGGCCAGGUGUAAAAGGGAGCGGCCAAAGUGCUCGACUUUCUUGGCGACUGCAAGAGAGAGCCUUCGCGCGUAAAUUAAUUGAGUGUGAAUUAAAUAAGUUAGGUACUCUACAUUUAAUUUCCGUACUACGUGGGUACGUACUUUGCUCGACAUUCCCAAGAACCGAAGCCAAGCGACGUGGCGCCUUAAGAAAGACAAAAAAGAAACAGGGACCCCGACCUGGCCCAACGAAGGGCGAAUAAUCUACGUCCCGAGAUUUAUCUUAAAGCGACUCACUUAAUUCUACGAUUUGAAGAUCACUUUCUCUACCCGCACUCGCGGCAUAUCCCGUCGACUCUGCUUUGCCAAUAGGACAAGUUAAAGUACCGUCACGCACCUUUGGGACGUUUUUUAUCAAAGGAGUCUCCACCUCCUGAAGUCGAGGCCCGACCUCGAGGGAGAGGAAAUUCAUUCCUACGUUGUGCACCGUCGAUGUAGGUCAAGUUUUUACCGUCACACGUGUACUCGUCGGAUGAAAAUCGAAAACUGCGCAAUUCGGAGUAAACGCUUAAAGACCCACUACAAAGUAGAUCGAGGGCUCGGCGAUUCCAUUCGCGU